CUGGUGUGUUAUUUUUGAAAAUCAUAUCAGAAAGCCAUAGAAAUAUAAGUUGGCACAACUUUUCAUUACACUAACAGUCACUUUUGUUAGCACUCGAUAAACUCCACUGUUUCAGUUUUUAUUUACAGUAUUUGUAUAGUGCAUUCACAAUACAUAUUGUUCUAAAGCUGCUUUACAAAAAAUAGAUUUCCUCCCCAACCCCAGCUAGCAUUCUGAGAAAAAACAAUACAAUAUAAAUACACCUGAAUGCAAGCUUUCUAAAUGUUAACUGAAAUCAUUUUUGGACAUUUAAUGUCCAUUGUAUGAAAUUUGGCGGGAACUAGUGGUGAGGUUGCAAAGUGCAACCACUGGACCACUUUGAAACACACGGCAGCUGACAAAGAAGCAAGAUGUCGUCAUGUUUUUACUUUCUUUGCCGAAGGAGAUAACAUUUUAGGAAACGGGAGAUGUGUGUGGGCCAAUAAGACGAUCUAUCUGAAGUCGACCAAUCAGCAGGGUUUGUGAUGAUUCAAUAGGACUUUAAAGAUUCAGCAGAAAAAAGGAAGUUGAACAUGUUUCGAAUGAAACGAGAAGAAUUCUCUGGGUAAUCCAUUGCAAUGGUGUGGACGGUGAAUCUCAGUAAACUGGUGCUGGCAGUGUAUGGAUUCACUCUCAUCACAGGUGUUCCUGCAAACAUCUUGGCUUUAUACACCUUCUGCAAGAAGAUUCGCCGGAGAUCCACUCCUACAGAUGUCCUGCUCCUCAGCUUAACCAUCUCUGAUCUGGUCUUUCUCUUUUUCCUGCCGUUUCGUAUGGUGGAGGCGGCAAACAUGAGGUGGACCCUGCCAUACUUCCUCUGUCCGCUGUCGGGUAUGAUCUUCUAUGCCAUCAUCUGUAACAGCACCUUCCAUCUGACGGCCAUCAGUGUGGAGAGAUAUCUGGGCGUGGCCUUCCCCAUCAAAUACAAGUUAAAGCGUAACCCCAGAAACGCUCUGAUAGCCGUGGUGUUUUUCUGGUUGGCGUCCAUGGCUCAGUGCAGUAUCGUCUAUGUCAUGCAAUACCACCAUCAUUCAAACCCCAACUUCACCGAGCCGUCCAAAAGGAACAGCUGUUAUGAUGAAUUCAGCGAGGAACAGCUGAAGAUCCUCGUGCCGGUUCGGCUGCAACUUUUUGUCGUGUACUUCUGCAUUCCCAUCCCCAUCUGCUGCUUCUGCUACUUCAGGUGCAUCCAUAUCCUCACCAAUCUACCCAACGUCAACUCAAAAAAGCGGAUGAGAUCCAUCGGGAUGGCACUGGGGACACUUUUGGUCUUCAUCGGAUGUUUCAUGCCCUUCAGUGUAUCACAUCUGGAGGGGUUUAUUGGCGGUUACAGCACUGUAUGGAGGCCAUAUGCUCUGCUCACCUGCACCCUGAACGCAUGUCUCGAUCCUUUCAUAUUCUACUUUUCAUCUUCGGCGUUCAGAGAGACUUUCCAAGGUGUCUUACGAGAGCUGGUCAGGAGGAUGCAUCUGCAAUGCUGUUACUCAGCUUUCUCCUCCCUCCUGCUGAAAAGUGGAGCCGCAGAGCAAAGAAUUCACAGAGCCAAUGACAUCGACUCGCAAUGACAUUACAUCUUUUGCAAUGGUUGACCUGUUCAUUUCCAUUUUUGUUAUUUUUUUAAGUGCAUCUAUUGCAAGUCCAACCUGUUUUACAUUAAAUCUCAAUUUACUUAACAGCUUCUCGAUAGUCCCAAAAACACUUGAGUUGUUUCAACGCAAGGUUGGGUAAAAUAUACAAUAGACAGAACCGACCGCUAGCUUAUAAAUUUACCUAUGUUCGGUUGUUUCAGCCCCAAAUGCUGGCUUGUUUAAACCAAUGAUUGGGUAACCACAAUCCAGUAUAGGUCAUAUAAAAACAACUCGGAGGCAUUUGAGCUACAAUGUUACAUUAUUUUACAAAAUCUUAAGAAUACCGUCUUGUGUAACAUUUCUUACUUGGAUGUUUUCGUAUUAAAAGAAAUAUUUCC